UCAACUGAUUUUUGGCUGGAUGAUAUGUAUCUAACAAAUCCAUCACCAUUAUUGAUUAAUUCGAAUCCAUUUUUUCUAUUACCACGACAAACAUUUCGUCGUACAUCGGAUCUAAUAAAUUUUGCAGCAUAUUUUACUAAAUUUGCUUUGAUAUUCAAAGAACAAAUCGAUAACCAAACAUUAAAACAAGAUACAAUGCGUGGACGAAAAUUAUGUAUGAAAACAUAUCAACAUUUUUUUACUGCAUGUCGUAUACCGGGUGAAGAUAAAGAUGAACUUUAUAUUCAUAAACAUCAACCAGGUAGUUGUCAACAUUUUAUUGUUGCAGCUUUUAAUCAGUUUACCGUUGUCUAUCUGGAACAAUCAACAACAAUACCUAGUAUUGAUGAAUUGGAACAAUGUUUAUCAAACAUAUGGAAUCGAUCAAAAAUACCAUUACAAUUUCAACAACCAAACAUUGGUAUAUUAACAACGGAAAAUCGUAAAAUUUGGGCAAAAAUUCGUACCGAAUUGAUUGAAGAUAAAACAAAUGUUGAAAGUAUUCAUUUAAUAGAAACAUCAUUAUUUAUACUUUGUUUAGAUGAUUUUAUAUUACCAAAAACAAAUCAACGUUCGGGUUAUCGUAAUUCAAUACAGAUUGCAAAAAUGGAUCAAUCAUAUAUGUCAACAAUGUUAUUACAUGGUGGUGGUAGUCAAAUACAUACAGCGAAUCGUUGGUGGGAUAAAUUUCUACAGAUUAUUGUUUCAAAAGAAGGUAUUUGUGGUUGUAUUAUGGAACAUUCUGCAUCCGAAGGAAUUACAAUGAUAAAUUUUUUGAAAAAAUUUCUUAAUUUUUAUCAACAAAAUUAUCAUCCAUCAUCGGCCACAUCAACCACAUCAUCAUCGGCCACAAUUAUUGAUGCUAAUCAUGGUCAAGAUGAUUUGUUAAAACAAUCAACAACAACAACAACAAUAUUAAAAUCAUUACCAUUACGAUGGAAUAUAACAUUAGAUUUAGAUAAACAUAUAAAACAAGCAGAAAAACAUGCUGAUAAAUCUAUAAAUGAUUUAGAUUUUUAUGUAUUAAAAUUUAAUGAAUAUGGUAGUGAUUUUAUUAAACAACAAAAAAUAUCACCAGAUGCAUAUAUACAAUUAUCAUUACAAUUAACAUUUUUUAAAUUACAUCGUUAUAUUGUAUCAUCAUAUGAAAGUUGUUCCAUAAGACAUUUUCAAAAUGGUCGUGUUGAUACAAUACGAUCAUCAACAAAAGAAGCAAGAGAUUGGGCUAAAAGUAUGUGUCCACAGCCAACAUCAACAUUGACAACAACAACAACAACGACAUCGAACAACUUGAUCGUAGAGGAUGUUGAGGAGGACCAAAAAAUCAAACUCUUCAAACGAGCAAUUCAAAAACAAGUGGAAAUUAUGCACUAUACAAUGAAUGGCCAUGGACCAGAAAAUCAUCUUCGUGCAUUACGUGAAUUAUCAAAGAAAAAUUUCAAUACAAUACCAGCAAUAUUUCGUGAAAAAUCAUUUGGUGAAUAUGGAAAUUAUCGUCUAUCAACUAGUCAAUUACCAACGGAUAUUGAUAUAAUUAUUGGUUAUGGUCCUGUUGUUCCGGAUGGUUAUGGUUGUGCAUAUACACCAAAAAAAGAUCAUAUUAUAUUUUGUGUAUCAUCAUUUUAUAGUUCGGAUGAAACAAGUUCAGAUUUUUUUGCACUUAGUUUAGAAGGAAGUUUAUUACAAAUGCGUGAAUUAUGUUUACGAAUGAAUGCAAAUGGAUCAUCGGCAACAUUUUCAGCUCGAACACCGGAUAUAUAAUAACAAAAAUGACAAAAACAAAACAAAAAAAAAAUCGACAAAACAAAAUCACCGGUGAUCAAACAAAC